AUGUCGGACGUACGAUCUCUUUUGCGGCAACAGCGCGCCGCCCGUCGCAUAGAACACCCCUGUGCUGCCUACUCCGAAGCAGGCAAGCUCCUCUGUACCCUCUGCCACGAGCAGAUCAAAACUGAGACGCUAUGGGACUCGCAUGUUCGGGGCGAGGCGCAUAAAACUCGCUUGAUAAAAGCACAAACAGCAGCGUCUUCAAAUGGACGCAAUCCACAACAGGCUGCGCAAAAACGAAAACACGACGAUACCGAAGAAGCUAUCGACGAUGGGGACGGGGAUGUCGAGAUGGACGAGGGCAGGCGAAAACGAAACAAGACAGAAGAUGCCGAAGGAGAUACUAAGGACCAAACUCUAACACCGCCUCGAUUGACCAGACGAACAUCGACGACGCCAUCACAAGGAAUCGAAAUACAGAUCCCAUCGCGACCCGCAACCCCUGCCCACCGAGAUGGCUCCUCAGCUUCCACCCCUGGAGGACAGUCUAAUAACCUUACCUCACAAAAUGGAACCACUACACUGCCCUCACGCCGACCUAGUAGCUUGGCGACGGACGAGCGACCAGCCACCACAGCAGCAGCAGUCGAUGAGGCAGAGUGGGCAGCUUUCGAAGCCGACAUUGCUGCUACAACAGCUCCCUUUGACGAAGACGCGGUCAUCUCUGCCCCCGCCAUGACGACAGAAGAAGCUGCCGCUGCAGACGCCCAGAAGGAGGAGGAAGCAGAGAAGCAACGCGCCCAGGCGGACGCCGACCUAGAAGAUGAAAAGGAAGAGGCGACCCGCGCGUUGGAGGAAGAGUUCGAGGAAAUGGAAGAACUUGAGGCCCGCGUGAGGCGUCUAAAAGAGAAGAGAGAGGCUUUGCGCAAACGCGGAGGAAGCAUCAGUCAAGAUGCCCAACCUGAGAAACCCGCUGGUGUUGGCAAGGAAAAUACGGAAACAUCAGUUAUUGAGGAGAAGGACGAGGAUGACGAGGACGAGGAUGACGAAGAAGACGAUGAUGAUUGGGAUGGCUUCCGGUUCCGAACAGCAUGA